GGAGGAGGACUGAGCGACCGGCCAUGGUGCAACGUAAAUGGCUCUUCUCUGUAUCCGUCAAAGAGAGAGGCCUCGGCGGAUAGAUUGAUUGGAUAUACUAGCCGUCUGACAAGUGGACGUACGUAAAAUACAGCGCGGUUUGGGCUUAUUGAGUCUGCGCUAACAGAAAAAGAGGAGGUUCCCGAAUAGAGUCCUUUAUUUAUUUCUUUGUUUCCAGUGAGGGGAAAAUAAUAACAGCGACAUAUACCACAGGCACUUCAUUUAUUAUCUUUGUCCGUAUACACAAGAAAACUGGAUAAGAUUACAGUGGUUACUCGAAGGCCAAAGCCAAGGGGAGGAGGAUGAAGCGGCGCAAUGCGGACUGCAGCAAACUCCGACGGCCGUUAAAACGGAACCGAAUCACUGAGGGUAUAUACGGCAGUACCUUCCUGUACCUGAAGUUCCUGGUGGUGUGGGCGCUGGUGCUACUGGCAGACUUUGUUCUGGAGUUCAGAUUUGAGUACCUCUGGCCAUUCUGGCUCUUCAUCCGGAGUGUGUACGACUCCUUUAGAUACCAGGGGCUGGCCUUUUCAGUAUUCUUUGUGUGUGUGGCGUUUACCUCGGACAUCAUUUGCCUCCUCUUCAUCCCAGUGCAAUGGCUAUUCUUCGCUGCCAGUACCUAUGUGUGGGUGCAGUAUGUUUGGCACACAGAGAGAGGUGUCUGUCUGCCCACUGUGUCUCUGUGGAUACUCUUUGUGUACAUAGAGGCAGCCAUCAGAUUCAAAGACCUGAAGAACUUCCAUGUGGACUUGUGUCGUCCUUUUGCUGCACACUGCAUUGGCUACCCAGUGGUCACGCUGGGCUUUGGCUUCAAGAGUUAUGUAAGCUAUAAGAUGCGCCUUCGGAAGCAGAAGGAGGUGCAGAAGGAGAACGAGUUUUACAUGCAGCUCCUGCAGCAGGCUCUGCCUCCAGAGCAACAGAUGCUUCAGAGGCAAGAGCGAGAAGCAGAAGAAGCGGCAGCAGCAGCUAAAGGAAUAUCAGAAGUGGACACACCUCCAGUAUCACAGAAUGGCGCCCCAGCCAAUAAAAAGACAUCGGCACCACUGCCGGAGUUAGAGUAUAGAGAAAAAGGGAAAGAGGGAAGGGGUGGCGGGGAGGCUAAAAAGCAACACAACAGCAACAGCAUCCUGCCAUCAUCAGUGGACUCUAAACUCCAAGAGAUGGAGUAUAUGGAGAACCAUAUGAAUAACAAGAGACUGACCACAGAGCUGGGCAGCACAGAGAACCUGUUGCUUAAAGAGGACAACAAUUCCUCCUGCAGCUCCUCCUCCUCCUCCUCCUCCAAAAACUACAAAAAUGCUAGCAGCAAUGCCGCGACGCUUAACUCCUCGCCCCGCGGCCAUAGUGCCACCAAUGGCAGCGUGCCCUCCUCUGCACCAUCAUCCUCCUCUUCCACAGGGAAGAAUGAGAAGAAGCACAAAUUAGCAGUGGGGAAGGGGACGUCGGGCGGCUCCCACAGGGAUCCUACGGACAACUGUAUCCCCAACAACCAGCUGAGCAAGCCAGAAGCACUUGUUAGAUUGGAGCAGGAUGUUAAGAAGUUGAAGGCAGACCUGCAGGCCAGCCGGCAGGUUGAGCAGGACCUGCGCAGCCAGAUUGGCUCACUGGGCAGCGCUGAGCGCUCCAUACGCACUGAGCUGGGCCAGCUGCGCCAGGAGAACGAACUGCUGCAAAACAAGCUCCAUAAUGCCGUGCAGGCAAAGCAAAAGGACAAACAGGCAGUGGGCCAACUGGAGAAGAGGCUCAAAGUAGAGCAGGAGGCUCGAGCCACCGCCGAGAAACAGCUCGCAGACGAAAAGAAACGGAAGAAGUUAGAGGAGGCCACAGCAGCCAGAGCAGUAGCACUAGCAGCAGCAUCCAGAGGGGAAUGCACAGACACGCUGCGGCGGCGGAUCACUGAAUUAGAAACAGAGUGUAAGAAACUAACAAUGGAUAUCAAGCUAAAGGAGGACCAGAUCAGAGAGCUUGAAUUGAAAGUUCAGGAACUUCAUAAAUAUAAGGAGAAUGAAAAAGACACAGAGGUGCUGAUGUCGGCGCUGUCAGCCAUGCAGGACAAGACCCAGCACCUGGAGAACAGUCUGAGUGCAGAGACCAGGAUCAAACUGGACCUCUUCUCUGCACUGGGAGACGCCAAGAGACAGCUGGAGAUUGCACAAGGUCAAAUCCUGCAGAAGGACCAGGAGAUAAAAGAUCUGAAGCAGAAGAUAGCCGAAGUGAUGGCCGUCAUGCCCAGCAUCUCCUACACAGCCGACACCAGCAGCAUGACCCCUGUGGCCCCCCACUACUCUUCCAAGUUCAUGGACACCAAUCCCUCCGGCCUAGACCCCAACGCCUCCGUUUACCAGCCACUCAAAAAGUGAACGCUUCGUCCCACCCCGCCCCGCCCUGCCUCCGCCUCCAUCCUCCCAUCAUUUUUAUUUUUCCUGCAGGCCCACCACUUUCCAAUCUGCUCGGCAUGUCUGCGGCUGAGAACGUUGUUUUUUUUGGGGGUUUUAUUUCUCU